AUGACCGUCAACUCUACAGAAACUACCCAAGCCCUCGUCCUGCACGGCGCCAAAGAUCUCCGCCUAGAAUCGCGCCCUCUCUCCCCUCCAACCGGCAGUGAAGUCCAAGUCGCCAUUCGCGCCACUGGUCUCUGUGGCUCCGACCUGCACUACUACACCCACGGGCGCAAUGGAGACUUCGUGGUGCGCGAACCCAUGUGCCUGGGCCACGAAUCCUCCGGCAUCGUCACAGCCAUCGGCCCCGAGGUAACCACCCACGCCGUGGGCGACCGCGUCGCCCUGGAAGUCGGCUUUGCCUGUCGUCAAUGCGCCCUCUGUCAACAAGGGCGCUACAACAUCUGCCCUCAGAUGAAGUUCCGCAGCAGCGCGAAACUCUUCCCCCAUCUCGACGGCACCCUCAUGGAACGUACCAACCACCCCGCCUCCCUCUGCCACAAGCUCCCCUCCCACGUCUCCUACGCCGGCGGCGCCCUCGUCGAACCCCUCGCCGUCUGCCUACACGCCAUCCGCCGCUCCCGACCUCCCACCGCCGAGGAUGUCUCCCUGGCGCAGUCCCUCGGCGAACCCACCGCCGCCUUAAUCUUCGGCGCUGGCGCCAUCGGCCUCCUCCUAGCCUCUGCGCUGGCCGCCUCCCAGAACUUUUCCUCCAUAGUGGUGGCGGACAUUGAUGCCUCCCGACUGGCUAUUGCUGACGAGCUGGGACUGGGUCUCAAAACCACUCUCAUUCCCAAGGCGGAUCCCGCGAACCCCGCGCCAUCCCGCGAUGCGCCGGCCGCGGAGCAGACGGCGUGGGCGCUGCAGAAUGCGCAGCGUGUGGCGGGAAUCUUGAAGGAGUCUGCGGGUGUGGAGAAGACGGGCUAUGCGCGCGUAUAUGAUUGCACGGGUGUGCCGGCGUGCGUGCAGGCAGGCAUCUAUGCCGCCGGAGCGGGUGGAGUAUUGGUGCAGAUCGGGAUGGGACACCCCGUGCAAACGCUGCCUGUGGGAGCGGCGGCACUGAGAGAGGUCGAUAUCCUGGGAGUGUUCCGGUAUGAUGGGUAUGCGUAUCCGGCGGCGAUUGAGCUGAUGGCGAGUGGGAAAAUGGAUCGCGUAGAGAAGAUGGUAGUGACGCAUCGGGUGCCGCUUGCGGAUGGCGAUCGGGCGUUUGGACUGUCGGGUAAGGGAGUGGACGAGGAGGGUAGGCCGGUGGUGAAGGUGGUUAUUGAGAGUGGUGAUGCUUAA